AUUUCUUGUUAAUUUCAUGAAAGAUAUCUUGUCGAUGAACUUUGGAAUAAAUGAUUUGACCUUUUAAAAAGUUGCUCGAUUCAACUCCUCACAAUUAUCUCAAUCAGUUGGAUAAAAAUUUAUUUUACUUUUAAAUAAAUUGUUCUCAACAAAGUGCACUAAACUCUGAAAGAAAAUUAACAAAUAAAUAAAUAAAUAAACUUGUGUUUUGGAAUAAUUGAAAAAUACAUUUUUAAAAUGCAAAAUGAAGAAGUGAAAAUUCGUCCUCAACUUGAUGAUGAAUCAGUAGUAAAAUUAGUCAAAAAAUUAUACAAUUUUAGUGUAACAAGUGUCAAAGAAUUAAAUGCUUAUAAUGAUAAAAAUUGUUGGAUUAAAAUUGAAGAUCAUCAUGAUAAUCCACAUGUUGAUAAAAUAUUUAAUGACGGUUAUAUUUUGAAGAUAAUGAAUACAAUUGAUUCAAAAUAUCCAGAUGUUAUUGAUGGACAAAAUAAAAUGAUGAUUUAUCUUCAUGAAAAUUUGAUUCCAUGUUCAGUUCCAGUUCAAAAUAUUGAUGGUGAUUUAUUUUCUCUUGUUCAUAUCAAAGAAAAUGAUACUCAAAAAUAUAUUGUUCGACUGUUGACAUUCAUUCCAGGUGAGACACUUUUUAAUGUUCCAAUAUCAACGAGACAUCUUCAAGAAGUUGGUUUCUUAACAGCAAAAUUAAAUAACAUUCUUCACGGUUUUGAUCAUCCAUCAUUUAAAGAAAGAAAAUUUGAUUGGAUGUUAAUCGCUGCACCAAAAAUAAAAGAAUUUAUAAACGUAAUUAAAAAUGACGCAGAUAAACAUUUAAUAAUUGAAAUAAUAAAUUGUUUUGAAAAUAAAGUUAUGAAAAAUAUUGAUUCAUUUGAAAAAGGUAUAAUUCAUGGUGAUAUAAAUGAACAGAAUUUGUUAGUUGAUGCUGAGACAAAAUUAAAUAUCAUGGGUGUUAUUGAUUUUGGUGAUUCACAUUAUUCAUGUGUAAUAUUUGAUUUAAUUAUUGCAAUUUGUUACAUGAUUAUUCAAACAAAUAAUGUCAAUUCAGGACAAUACGUCGUCCAGGGAUUUGAAAUGAUUAAAAAGCUAAAAUCCAUUGAGAAAAAUAUAUUAAAAAUUGGAGUUUGUAUGAGAAUUUGUCAGAGUCUUGUUUACAGUGCUUAUUAUCAUUCAAUUGAUCCAGAAAAUGAUUAUAUUUUAACAACACAAAUUAAUGGCUGGAAUGUAUUACGAGAACUUUGGAAAUUAUCUGAUGAACAAAUUUUUAAAAUUUGGAGUUUAUAAUUAAUUAAAAUUGCAUAAAUCAAGUUGAAUUUAA